UAUUAAGAUCUGGAAAUGCAUCGGCUUUCAUAAUUAUAAGGAAAGAUUUAAAUUGUUCAAGAAAUAAAAAUGGCGCUACAGAUUAAUAUUAAUUCUCAGAACUUAGUUAAGCCCUCAAAAUCCAGAAGCGCUAAACAUUUUUUGAAGGGUGAAUCUAAGAUUGAUAAACUGGAGUCCAGAUCAGGCUCCCGUAAAGCUCUCGCAGAUAUCGUGAACAGAGAUCCUUUGCAGCAGAUUACUACAUCAUCUAUUAAACGCGAACCUUCAGACAAAUCUUUACCAGUCAAACAUGUACAAGACAUUCCUGUACUUCCAUCAGGUGUACAUGAUAUUGAUGCAGAAGAUGAAGAGAACCCACAGUUGUGUACAGAAUAUGCUCCUCUGAUGUACGCCUACCUCAGACAGUUGGAGCAAGACCAGCCUAUUAGGAAAGAUUUCUUGAAGAAUUGUCAUGUGAAUGGUAAGAUGAGAGGAGUUCUGUUGGAUUGGUUAGUUGAAGUACAUCUUCAGUUUAAACUGCUUCAGGAAACUUUGUAUAUGGCGAUAUUUAUCAUUGACAGAUUCCUUCAGGUUGAAGGACUAACUUUAAAACGAAACCGGUUUCAGCUGAUAGGAGUGUCUGCCAUGUUCAUAGCUAGCAAGGUUGAAGAGAUGUAUGCUCCUGAAAUAAAUGAUUUUGUAUAUAUUACUGACGACGCAUACAGUGCUGCUGAAAUUAGAAAGACGGAACUUAGAAUUUUGCAAGUUCUAAACUUCGGUAUUAACAGACCUCUUCCCCUUCAUUUCCUUCGAAGGUUUUCAAAGGCCGGAGAUGUGGAUAUUAUGCAGCAUACUCUUGCCAAGUACUUAGUCGAAUUAUCCCAGAUUGAAUACGACCUUUCGCAUCUUCCGCCUUCUCAAGUUGCUGCUUCCUCUCUUUAUCUCUCGCUCCUUAUUCUUACUCCAGGAGCUAAUUUGGAUGUAUGGAACCUUAACUUGCAACACUACAGCUGUUAUGAGAGUAAGGAUCUCCUUCCUACCGUAUGCAGAAUUGCCGUGAUUCUCCAAAAAGCCCCUGAAGGAAAGCUGAAGGCCGUGUACACUAAAUACUGCGAGAAGAAGUUUAUGAGAAUUGCAUCGUGUAACGAACUGAAGGUUGAUAUUGUAGCUAAACUAGCAAGCAAACAUCUGAACAGCAUUGCGUAGCAUUACGUACGACUACAGAAGCACCAAGAAGACUAUCGCAGCAUCAAAAUGGACUUUCAAAGCCGACUUUAGUUUAUUACCAAACUUCAUGAUAACUCUUAAAUGAUCUAUGUUAAUGACAAAGAAAUGCAAUACAAUUUUGAAUAAAAUAUCUUACGGCGUA